AUAUAUAUAACCAACAAAUACAUUAGAAAAUUAUAUUUUGUUGCAUUUUGUAAAUACUUGUUUCUUUAACAAUGGAAGAAAUUGAAGAUUUUGAAUUUGAAGAGGAUGAAGAACGAGAAAAUUUAACAGCUGGUGAGCUGAUUCAGCGCAUGGAAGAAGCGUGGCUUAAUGAAAAAUUUGCCCCCGAAAUUUUGCCCAACAAAGAUCAAGAAGUUGAUUGCCUUUUGGGCCAGAUAUCUUAUAUGGAAAAAAAUUUGGAAAGCCUUCCGAGUACUGAUUUUAGAAAGGCAAUACAUCAAAUGGAAGUUGAUCGGUUACAAUUUUUGGUUACAAGUUAUCUAAGAAUGAGAUUAGAAAAAAUUGAAUUAUAUGUUAGCCACAUUUUGCAUCAAGAACACCUUCGGCGUGAUAGAGGGGAAGACUUGUACCUAACCAAUAGUGAAUUAACUUUUGCUCAGGAAUAUGAAGAGAAUUUAAAACAAUAUUUUGAGAGUAUUAUGAGUUUUUGCCCAGGAUUACCAACUGAACUGCAAGUCAUUGCCCCCAAUGUGCAUAGUAUGGUAUUUUUAAAAUCAAAUAAAGAAGUGGAGGGUGUUGUUAUAGAUGAUGGAAAUGGAGAGGAUGGUGACUUAAUUGAUUUGAAUAAUGAUUCGAAAGUUCUUAUUUCUUAUAACAGUGUGUCAAAUUUAGUUAAAAGUGGCGAGGUUCAUUUGAUAUGAAAUUUCUAGGUUUCCUUUGAAUAAUAAUUUUUACUAUCAAAACAUAUACAAGUGGUGUUACUUACCAUGCCCAAUAUACCGGCAGCAACCAAAAAAAUCUGAAUUGCAUCCAAGGUACACUUUGG